GUUCCGCGUCGGCAACACGCCUUCUUGUAUGUGAAGUAAGCAUUCGGUGUACAGUUGACAUAUUCCUAGCUCCCUCCCUUUUGCUGGCAUAUAUACCCAUCUCCCCCCAUUCAACAACUCUCAUCUCAAACUCAAUUUUUUGUAAAACCCCUAUUUAGAUAUAUAGCUAAUGAGCAACGUUCCAAGCUCCUUAACAGAUUCUUCUCUCAGCCUCUUCAAUCUAGCUAUUUCUUCUUCUGAUCCUUGGCCUUUCUCUCUCUCAUCUGAUCAUUUUCUUGUAAUAUUUCCAUCCUUAAUUACACAAUAUCUUUCUGCUUUAACAAACAAGAAAGCCGCCACCACUUGUUAAUUUUCUUUGGUUGGAUCUUAUUAAUUUCCAGAGAGAUGGGAAACGUAGACGAACGCCAUCAUCAUUCGAGAUUCCAUGUCCAGUUACAUCUGCCUUUUCACUUUCAUCGUCAUGGGCAUGAGAAGGAGGAA